AUGUUGAUGUCUGUGUGUCUAAUCAGAACAGUCCUUCACAUUGCUGCAGGUAAGUCUCAACAUAUGCUUGUGGUGUGACAAGAAUAAAUAGGUGCACCUCUCAGCUGGCUUUUAUAAUGAUUUGGAUAGGUCUAACAACAAUUAAUGCACAUUAUUACAUCAAAUUGAAAUAGCAACACUCCAAGUUUACUGUAUUUCAAUACAGUCCAAAGUGUUGAAUAUUUCAACAUAAAAAUGGGGCAUUUUACUCACUUUUUUUAACCUUAUAAACAAGUAUUAUUUUUUAUGUUUUGCAUGAUCCUUGUGGGUGUGACCUGCUACAGCACAUCCUGACAGGCUGCCUAAGAUACUUGGUCUAUAGGUGACACCUACAGCACCACCUCACCCUCACACUGGUCUGUCUCUGUGCUGUCUGUUUCUAUAGGCUGUACUCUGUCAGGCCCUGAAGUGACACAGAUCACUGCCUACUCUGGCCAGCCUGUCCUACUGCCCUGUUCCUGUUCUGAACCCGACGCCAAGCCUGAGUAUGUCCGAAGGACCGUUGAAGCUGAGCCAAUCAGGGAGAUCCUAGCGAUCAGGAAGUCUAGUGUUAGUGAUGAGUACAGAGGCAGAGUGCAGGUGUUUAACAACGAGAAGCAUCCAGGGAACCUCUCUCUCCAGCUCGCAACCAUCACUGAGAAGGAUGACGCUCUGUACAGGUGUAAAAUCAACGGUUCCAGGUUCAGAGACAUUAGACUCCACGUGAAAGGUCAGACAAAAUGCUUAUUUUCAUCAACUUCCUUAGCACAAUCUACAACUUGCAAGAUGAUAUACUGUAUAUAACUGUGCAUUUUUGGGAGUAAUAUAAUAGUGGCCAAACUUGCUCACUAACAUCAUAAUGACAAACACCUAUUACUAAUAGCCUUCUCAGAGAAGAACAUAUGGUGGAGAAUGGCCACACACCACACACACUCACCUACAAAAUGAACCAGGGAGUGUAUACGUUUUCCUUGACCAGGUAUAUUUUGAUCCUGCAUCAUUGGUUAGGGUCAUCUCCUAUAUUCCUACUCCGAUGUGUCAACAAUCAGACAUGUCACUGUUUGUAUUCUACAGGCUGUACUCUAUCAGGCCCUGAAUGUACAGAGCUAACUGCCUCCCCAGGCCAGUCCGUUCUCCUGCCCUGCUCCUGUACUGACCCUCAGGCCAAACCUCACAGCUUCACAUGGUCCAUGGGCAGUCGGCUAGCCAUCAGUGACAUCUGGUCCUCUCUCUCCUCUAACUGGAAUCAUGUCUACAGACACAGAGUGCAGCUGUCUUCUAACAGCUCUCCUGGAGACCUCUCUCUCCUCCUCACCAACUUCACCCACAGGGAUGAAGGACUGUACGCAUGCAAAAUGACAAGCCAUAAUAUCACAGCGCAUAGACUCAUCUUUCUCACUGGUAAGCACAGACAUUUAGUCAUUUCGUCACUGAUGGCUCACUGUAAAGAUACUAAAAAAUAAUGUUGCACAAAUGAUUUGCAUAAAUGCAUACAGUGAAUUACAUUGUUGUUUUAUCAGUCCCAAUGCUCAGGACAGGACAAGAGUCCAGCAGACAUAUUCCAUACUCCCAUAUUGCAGUGCUUGCCUUCCUCACAUUACCCUUGGCAGUUGGGUGUUUCUUCUGGAUAUCAUUAAAGAUCAAGCGGUGUGAAGGUACAACGCGCCAUAACAACUGUCAUCUUUAUGAGUAGACCUACACCCACAUGAAAAAAAAUACUACAGUUAUAGAAUGAUGUAGUAAACUGUCCUCCACACUAAUAUCUCUCGAUCAUGUGUAGUACUUACUAUCGAAGUGUAGUAUACUGUAGAAUACUAUACUGUAGUAUCCCUCGAUCGUGUAAUGCUUACUAUAUAAUUUUAUAGUAUACUACACUCCACACUGUAGUAUUCUUUGAUCAUGAGUAGUACUUACUCUAGAAUUGUGUAGUAUAUUAUACUACACAGUGUACUAUCCCUUGAUCAUGUGUAAUACUUGGGUAACUUCAUUUGAAUUCAAUCACUUUUGACAGCAUCCCUUUUGAUUUAAACAAAACUUUCCAUACAUGUUUGGCCAUGGAAGAAGUGGUCAGAAAGUGACUUUUUGAUAGAGGUGCUCAAAGUUUACCCAUUUUGCAUACCCCACCAUACUAUGAGAUAUCCAUGUAUUCAGCACUGGAAAAGAUAAACGGUUGAGUUUGAUAUAAUUUUAAGCAGGAAUCCGCAGGUCGUGGGCGACCCCAUGCCACCCCACUUCUUGUGUAGUGUUUUCACUUAGAACAUAAACACGGGGGUUGAGCCCUGAGCCGCCUUGGGCUGGCCUUCUGGGCAAGGUAUUUCUAAGUGCUUAUCCCGCCUACUCAAAUGACCCUGCUGACCCGGAGCUGGAGAGGAAGUGAAAGUCACUUGAAACCUAAUGUUACAGCCGCCAGAAAUAGAGCAGAGGGAGCCAACAAGCAUCAUUCUCAGUUCUUGGAUCUGAAUCAACUUGACCCAAAAAGAGAAAAAGAAGCGAGGACAAAGACUGCCAAUGACCAAUUCAGAAACCGGGGAAACAUUGGAAUUAAUUUUGAAAGGUGGAAGAGUGACACUGAAAUGGCCGACGUUCUCAUGGACUGGUAAUGUUAAGUGUUGGGUUGCAUUUUUAGCCUGCUAGCUACGUUGGCUGCAAACCUUAGGUCGUGUCUACACUUGACACUUACAUGCGACUUCUGCUAUCAGAAUACGAAGACCGCAUUUAAAAGACGGGUCUAGACGCACAAAAGUCGCUUUGUGGGCUGAUUGUGUUCAGAUCUGGUUGACUACUUCAGGAGGUGGUCAGGGAUGCAUUGUGUGCAGAUUUCUCCUCAGUCUGGAAGCAAUCAGGCUACCGAAAGUGCAUACAGUGGGCAACGUCCUCUGCACUCCUCCCACAAGUCUUUUGUGUUUUGGGACCGAGAGUCACAUUUUCAUUAUAAUGUUGGAGGAAAUACGUUCCUAGACUGUGAGGAACAUGUUUGCUGGCCUCAUAAAUGCUAGCCAGCUAGCUAAUAUUUAGGGAAAACAAUAUUUUGGGGCUAGAGUUAUGCUAACCCAUUUGCAAUCACUUUAGCGUGGCUUGAUAUAUUGCUGGCUAGCUACAGAGGUUAGCUGGCUAGUUAGCUACAGUAGUUAGCUACUGCCAUCAGUUGUUGUUGUGUUAUUAUCAUAUUUUGUUUAUUCCACCAUUUAUGGAAUGCAUUCUGGCAUUUGAAUAUAGAAAGGGAAAAGGGAAUCUGGACCCACUGUGGACAUGGUAGACAUUUAAAUGUACAGUGGGGAAAAAAAGUAUUUAGUCAGCCACCAAUUGUGCAAGUUCUCCCACUUAAAAAGAUGAGAGAGGCCUGUAAUUUGAGGAACAAAUUGAGGAAAAAACAUCCAGAAAAUCACAUUGUAGGAUUUUUAAUGAAUUUAUUUGCAAAUUAUGGUGGAAAAUAAGUAUUUGGUCACCUACAAACAAGCAAGAUUUCUGGCUCUCAAAGACCUGUAACUUCUUCUUUAAGAGGCUCCUCUGUCCUCCACUCGUUACCUGUAUUAAUGGCACCUGUUUGAACUUGUUAUCAGUAUAAAAGACACUUGUCCACAACCUCAAACAGUCACACUCCAAACUCCACUAUGGCCAAGACCAAAGAGCUGUCAAAGGACACCAGAAACAAAAUUGUAGACCUGCACCAGGCUGGGAAGACUGAAUCUGCAAUAGGUAAGCAGCUUGGUUUGAAGAAAUCAACUGUGGGAGCAAUUAUUAGGAAAUGGAAGACCACUGACAAUCUCCCUCGAUCUGGGGCUCCACGCAAGAUCUCACCCCGUGGGGUCAAAAUGAUCACAAGAACGGUGAGCAAAAAUCCCAGAACCACACGGGGGGACCUAGUGAAUGACCUGCAGAGAGCUGGGACCAAAGUAACAAAGCCUACCAUCAGUAACACACUACGCCGCCAGGGACUCAAAUCCUGCAGUGCCACACGUGUCCCCCUGCUUAAGCCAGUACAUGUCCAGGCCCGUCUGAAGUUUGCUAGAGUGCAUUUGGAUGAUCCAGAAGAGGAUUGGGAGAAUGUCAUAUGGUCAGAUGAAACCAAAAUAUAACUUUUUGGUAAAAACUCAACUCGUCGUGUUUGGAGGACAAAGAAUGCUGAGUUGCAUCCAAAGAACACCAUACCUACUGUGAAGCAUGGGGGUGGAAACAUCAUGCUUUGGGGCUGUUUUUCUGCAAAGGGACCAGGACGACUGAUCCGUGUAAAGGAAAGAAUGAAUGGGGCCAUGUAUCGUGAGAUUUUGAGUGAAAACCUCCUUCCAUCAGCAAGGGCAUUGAAGAUGAAACGUGGCUGGGUCUUUCAGCAUGACAAUGAUCCCAAACACACCGCCCGGGCAACGAAGGAGUGGCUUCGUAAGAAGCAUUUCAAGGUCCUGGAGUGGCCUAGCCAGUCUCCAGAUCUCAACCCCAUAGAAAAUCUUUGGAGGGAGUUGAAAGUCCGUGUUGCCCAGCGACAGCCCCAAAACAUCACUGCUCUAGAGGAGAUCUGCAUGGAGGAAUGGGCCAAAAUACCAGCAACAGUGUGUGAAAACCUUGUGAAGACUUACAGAAAACGUUUGACCUGUGUCAUUGCCAACAAAGGGUAUAUAACAAAGUAUUGAGAAACUUUUGUUAUUGACCAAAUACUUAUUUUCCACCAUAAUUUGCAAAUAAAAAAUCCUACAAUGUGAUUUUCUGGAUAUUUUUUUCUCAUUUUGUCUGUCAUAGUUGACGUGUACCUAUGAUGAAAAUUACAGGCCUCUCUCAUCUUUUUAAGUGGGAGAACUUGCACAAUUGGUGGCUGACUAAAUACAUUUUUUUCCCCACUGUAGGUGUAGAUGCAUGACACGUUCGGAAUUCCAUGAUCAGAACUCUAUGAUCAGAAUACUAAAGCUGCAUGAACUGUCAAGUCUAGACAAGGCCUUAGUGUGUUCAAUGUUCAUACUAGAUAACAGCACGGCUACUUAAUGUGCCCUCCACUAAUAUUGGCACCCUUGGUAAAUAUGAGCAAAACAGAUUGUGAUUUUUUAAAUAUUUUUUUUAUCCUCUUGGUCUUUCAUUCAAAAAUAUUCACAAAAAUCUAACCUUUAAUUAAAGAAAAAUAAUUGAAAGAAAAAAUAUAUUAUUAUCAUAAAACAAAUAUUUUUCUCAAAUAUAUGUGUGCCACAAUUAUUGGCACCCCUUCAUUCAAUACUUUGUGCAACCUCACUUUGCCAAGAUAACAGCUUUGAGUCUUCUCCUAUAAUGCAUAAUGAGGUUGGAGAAGACAUGACAAGGGAUAUGAGACCAUUCUUCCAUACAGAAUCUCUCCAGAUCCUUAAGAUUCUGAGGUCCACGCUUGUGGACUCUCCUCUUCAGCUGAUCUCACAGGUUUUCACAGUGAACCAUUUUUGUGUUGAUUUUGAGGUGUGCUUUGGAUCAUUGUCCUGCUGGAAUAUCCAACCACGGCCCAGUUUAAGCUGCCUUGCAGAGGCAGUCAGGUUUUGAUUUAAUAUUGGCUGGUACAUGAUGGAGUCCAUGAUACCAUGUAUCCUAACAAAUUGUCCAGGGCCUUUGGAAGAAAAACAGCCCCACAACAUCAAAGAUCCACCACCAUACUUCAAAGUGGGGAUGAGGUACUUUUCUGCAUGGCUAUCUUUCUGUCUACGCCAAACCCACCUCUGGUGUUUGUUUCCAAAAAGCUCUAUUUUGGUCUCAUCUGACCAUAGAACCCGGUCCCAUUGAAAGUUCCAGUAACGUUUGGCAAACUGUAGGCACUUGAGUUUGUUGACAGCAACGGCUUUUUAUGGCAACCCUCCCAAACAUCUUGUGGUUAUGUAGGUGGCAUCUGAUCGUAGUUUUGGAGACUUUCUGACCCCAAGACCCAACUAACGUCUACAAUUCUCCAGCUGUGAUCCUUGGAGAUUUUUGGGCCACUCUAACCAUCCUCCUCACUGUGCGUGGGGUCAAUAUAGACAGGCCGAUUGUUAACAUCUCCAAUUGCUUUAAACUUCUUAAUUAUUGCCCUGAUAGUGGAAAUGGGCAUUUUCAACCGUUUAGCUAUUUUCUUAUAGCCAUUUCCUGAUUUGUGCAGCUCAACAACCUUUUAUCGCACAUCAUUACUGUAUUCUCGGGUCUUUCCCAUAGUGAUGGAUGACUAUGGGAACUUGGCCUGUGUGUCACCUCGUAUUUAUACCCCAGUGAAACCUGAAGUCAUGGCUUACCACUUAAGUGUUCCUAAUCACUCAGGUGAACUUAAAAACAUAAAAUAUGAAUGGGAAUAUACUUCAGUUAGAUUUUACUUAUAAAAAUGGGGUGCCAAUAUCAUGUAUUUUUUUCAAUCAUUUGACAUCAAUUAAAGAUUUGUGCGAAUAUUUUGAAUGAAAGACCAAGAGGAUAAACAGCAAAUACAUUUUUUUACAGCCCGUUUUGCUCAUAUUUACCAAGGGUGCUAAUAUUAGUGGAGGGCACUGUAGCUAGCUAGCUAACAUUUCUGUAUUCGGAUUGUUUUGUACUCAAAGGAAUUAAUGAUGGCUUGGUGCGAGAAGCAGGCACAGGGCGUACCGGGCUGGGAACUGGCAUUGGAGAUCCACGACUGUUCCAGUCCUUCUCUCUCCACGCCCAAUCCUCCUCCAGUGAGGACUCCUCCGGGAGCCCCCACGAGUUAGGGAACAGAAACUCAUCGUCGUCGUCAUCCUCCGACUCCUCAGUGUAAAACUGUUCCCAUUCCUGUUCCCAUGGUAGUAGGGACUCCAACUGGAACCCCACCGGGUGCAGUGGUCGGGGCUCUUCUCUCUCGAUCCCCGGCCACCCCUCUAGCCCCCCCAAAAAAAUUAUUGGGGUUGCUUCGGCACCGGUCCAGCUCCGGUCAGCGGCUCCACUCCGGAGUCAGAGAAUUCCGCUCCACCGGGGUCCAGUCCAGCUCCGGUCAGCUGCUCCACUCCGGAGCCAGAGCAGUCCGCUCCACCGGUGCCUAGUCCAGCUCCGGUCAGCAGUCCGACUCCGGAGCCAGAGCAGUCCGCUCCACUGGUGCCCUGUCCAGCUCCGGUCAGCGGCCCCACUCUGGAGGCAGAGCAGUCCGCUCCACCGGUGCCUGAUCCAGCUCCAGUCAGCUGCUCCACUCCGGAGCCAGAGAAGUCCGCUCUACCGGUGCCCAAGCCAGCUCCGGUCAGCGACUCCAUUCCGGAGUCAGAGAAGUCCGCUCCACCGGUGCCCAGUCCAGCUCCGGUCAGCGCCUCCAUUCCGGAGCCAGAGUAGUCCGCUCCACCGGUGCCAAGUCCAGCUCCGGUCAGCGGCUCCACUCCGGAGCCAGAGCAGUCCGCUCCACCGGUGCCCAGUCCAGCUCCGGUCAGCAGCUCAACUCCGGAGCCAGAGUAGUCCGCUCCACCGGUGCCUAGUCCAACUCCGGUCAGCGGCUCCACUCCAGACCCAGAAGUCAGCCCCUCUCCAGGGUCGGGGCCUCCCAAACCAGGGUCCAGACAGGGCUUGGUGCAUCGUGGGGGGAUUGCCGAUCCAGGCCCAGACGUCAGCCCCUCUCCAGGUUCGGGGUCUCCCACACCAGGGUCCAGACAGGGCUUGGUGCAUCGUGGGAGGAAGGAGAGGGGAAGCAUCGUGCCGAGGUCCAGACCAGACCAGACCAAAUGACAUUUUUACUUCUAAUUACUACUACAAAGAUGACCCACCAUCGAAUGUCAGCUUAAAUGGUCAUGUCUAUUCUAUUAUCUAUAUUUCUAUGAUUUCAAUAGGUUUCCUAUGGAGGCUUGAAAGUAUAAUUUAAAACAAAAUAUAUUCAAGUCAACAUUCUAUGAUGUGUGGACCUCCAACCAUCUUUGUGGUACCAUUUGAACGUUUAAAUUUAAAUUGUAUUCCUGUUUGAGUAUGCUGCCUACAUACAGACUUGAAAAUCACUGGCCACUUUAAUAAAUGGAACACUAGUCACUUUAAUAAUGCCACUUUAAUAAUGUUUACAUAUCUUGCAUUACCCAUCUCAUAUGUAUAUACUGUAUUCUAUACUAUCUUAAUAAUGUUUACAUAUCUUGCAUUACCCAUAUCAUAUGUACAGUGGGGAAAAAAAGUAUUUAGUCAGCCACCAAUUGUGCAAGUUCUCCCACUUAAAAAGGUGAGAGAGGCCUGUAAUUUUCAUCAUAGGUACACGUCAACUAUGACAGACAAAAUGAGAAAAAAUAUCCAGAAAAUCACAUUGUAGGAUUUUUAAUGAAUUUAUUUGCAAAUUAUGGUGGAAAAUAAGUAUUUGGUCAAUAACAAAAGUUUCUCAAUACUUUGUUAUAUACCCUUUGUUGGCAAUGACACAGGUCAAACGUUUUCUGUAAGUCUUCACAAGGUUUUCACACACUGUUGCUGGUAUUUUGGCCCAUUCCUCCAUGCAGAUCUCCUCUAGAGCAGUGAUGUUUUGGGGCUGUCGCUGGGCAACACGGACUUUCAACUCACUCCAAAGAUGUUCUAUGGGGUUGAGAUCUGGAGACUGGCUAGGCCACUCCAGGACCUUGAAAUGCUUCUUACGAAGCCACUCCUUCGUUGCCCGGGCGGUGUGUUUGGGAUCAUUGUCAUGCUGAAAGACCCAGCCACGUUUCAUCUUCAAUGCCCUUGCUGAUGGAAGGAGGUUUUCACUCAAAAUCUCACGAUACAUGGCCCCAUUCAUUCUUUCCUUUACACGGAUCAGUCGUCCUGGUCCCUUUGCAGAAAAACAGCCCCAAAGCAUGAUGUUUCCACUCCCAUGCUUCACAGUAGGUAUGGUGUUCUUUGGAUGCAACUCAGCAUUCUUUGUCCUCCAAACACGACGAGUUGAGUUUUUUACCAAAAAGUUAUAUUUUGGUUUCAUCUGACCAUAUGACAUUCUCCCUAUCCUCUUCAGGAUCAUCCAAAUGCACUCUAGCAAACUUCAGACGGGCCUGGACAUGUACUGGCUUAAGCAGGGGGACACGUCUGGCACUGCAGGAUUUGAGUCUCUGGCGGCGUAGUGUGUUACUGAUGGUAGGCUUUGUUACUUUGGUCCCAGCUCUCUGCAGGUCAUUCACUAGGUCCCCCCGUGUGGUUCUGGGAUUUUUGCUCACCGUUCUUGUGAUCAUUUUGACCCCACGGGGUGAGAUCUUGCGUGGAGCCCCAGAUCGAGGGAGAUUAUCAGUGGUCUUGUAUGUCUUCCAUUUCCUAAUAAUUGCUCCCACAGUUGAUUUCUUCAAACCAAGCUGCUUACCUAUUGCAGAUUCAGUCUUCCCAGCCUGGUGCAGGUCUACAAUUUUGUUUCUGGUGUCCUUUGACAGCUCUUUGGUCUUGGCCAUAGUGGAGUUUGGAGUGUGACUGUUUGAGGUUGUGGACAGGUGUCUUUUAUACUGAUAACAAGUGCAAACAGGUGCCAUUAAUACAGGUAACGAGUGGAGGACAGAGGAGCCUCUUAAAGAAGAAGUUACAGGUCUGUGAGAGCCAGAAAUCUUGCUUGUUUGUAGGUGACCAAAUACUUAUUUUCCAGCAUAAUUUGCAAAUAAAUUCAUAAAAAAUCCUACAAUGUGAUUUUCUGGAUUUUUUUUCCUCAUUUUGUCUGUCAUAGUUGAUGUGUACCUAUGAUGAAAAUUACAGGCCUCUCUCAUCUUUUUAAGUGGGAGAACUUGCACAAUUGGUGGCUGACUAAAUACUUUUUUCCCCCACUGUAAAUGUUUUUCAGAGAGUGUAAGGGAUGGAGGGUAAAGUGUGUGUGGGUGGGGGGUGAGUAGGCCCUGAGGAUGAGUAGGUCACCCACUCAAGGGUAGAGGAGUCUCAUUGAAUUCAAUAAUCCAACUAUUUCUCGUUCUUCACACAAAGGCUUAAGAAGGCCUGCAUACUCUUGAAAGGGUUCCCUAAUUCAUUCUUCUUAAUAUAUGUUUAUAUAUCAGGUAUUUUCCACUGUACGUAGAGACAUACUCAUUACGUUUCACAGCAUACUGAAUAUACAAAUCAAAGUUCUACGUAAGGCUGUUGUUUAGCAAACUGAUGAGUUUCUAGAGUACCUGGCCCAUCUGCCAGUCUGUGGAAAAGCCCCAGAUAGGCACACAUUUGGGGAUGGCUAGUAUGACAAUGUCAUUACCCUUCUCUGUCCCAAACAUUCCCAAUCCUGUUAACUUCACAUCCACUUCAGACGAAAACUUCAGUGUUUGUCUAUUCACAUCUUUCUAUGUCAUGGAGGGCUGAAGGGUCAGAACAAGUAGGGGGUGACCCGAUGCCCUCUUAGACACUAUCAAAGAUGACCUACUAGUUCAUGUUUCAUUUUUCUCAGUGAAGUACAAGAUCACAGGAUAACCUCUCACUCACACACCCAGCAGUAUGAGGAGAGGAAGGUGGUAGAGAGGAAAUAAUACAACAGUGACAUUUAGUGGUUGUCAGUAGACAACUAUUUCACUUUGGGAAUUUUAAAUGUUAUACUAUUUCAACCUUUUUGAUGAUAUUUUAUUAAAACAUUGACAUAUUGCAAAACUGAUGAAAAAUAUUACAAACAGGAGGGGAUCAAACUAGGUCAUCUGUAAGGAAUUGUAUGUUACUUUAAUAAAAUACCAUCUACAAUAGUCCUACAUUGAAAAUGAGAAUCUCAAAUCAGAGUUCACCAGUAUUUCAGUGGAAAUAAUUCAAUAUCAUUAAAAACUCAGCUGCAGUUACAAAUCAGUCAGUGUGUUAAUCAAACAGAUCUCCCAGGCUGGGUCUGCUGUCUUUCCCUGUUCUGCUCCCCCUUUCCUCCGAUAUCCCUUCUUUACUAGACAGGUCCUCUUCAGAUCCGCUUCUCACUGGCUGGGCUGGUGCAUAAACCCUCCUCUCUCUGAAGACAGGGACAGUUUGAGCUGUGUCAGAGGAGGGAAAAAGACCAUUAGCUUCUGUGAAUUGAGGUGUCCUUGCUGAUCACAUGACCAACAUGAUGAAGUAAGAACUGAAGACCAACGCAAAAAACAUGCAUAGGCAUAACCAAACUUCUGUGUAUGGAAAGAAGGACCACUUCUCUACCAGUGCACUAGGUGUCUACUCAUCAAGAGGAGUGAACCCAGGGGUUCUGAGGGUUCGUUACCUAGGGGGGAUGGUUGUGUUCUAUGCUGUGCAGGACUCGCUGUCCAUGGAUCCUCCUCCAGAUUAUGGGGGAUCCCCCAGCUCUGCACUG